AUGCGGCAAUCACUCUUCUUAGGCGUUACUGCCCUCCUCACUUCACAAGCUUUAGCUGGCGACAACAAGUGGCUCAGCCCCGAGUACAAGCAAAUCUUCCAAUCCCCUCUCCCCUCUCCGAUUGAUAAGGUACCUCGUUACACCUACACCAAUGCAACCACUGGGAACUCCAUCGACUACUAUGAGAUCGAUGUCAAGCCAUUCACACAACAGGUCUACCCUGGGUUGAAGCCUGCCAACCUUGUUGGUUACGAUGGCAUGUCUCCUGGCCCUACUUUCCGCAUGGAAAAGGGACGAGAAGCAGUCGUACGAUUCAAGAACCAUGGCGACAAGGAUCUCUCGGUUCAUCUUCACGGCUCUUACAGUCGAGCACCCUUUGAUGGUUGGGCUGAGGACGUAACUAAGCCUAAUCAGUACAAAGACUACUAUUACCCCAACCACCAGAGCGCUCGCACUCUGUGGUACCAUGAUCAUGCUGUUCACCACACUGCUGAGAACGCUUACUUUGGCCAAGCUGGCUUCUACAUCCUGCAUGACCCUGCUGAGGAUGCACUGGGUCUGCCUUCUGGUCCUAAGUACGAUCUGCCUCUAGCACUGUCCUCCAAGCAGUACAAUAGUGAUGGAACUCUCUUCGAUCCCAAGGACGAGACCACCUCGCUCUGGGGUGAUGUCAUUCACGUCAACGGACAGCCAUGGCCCUACCACAAGGUCGAGCCUCGCAAGUACCGUCUCCGAUUCCUUGAUGCCUCCAUCAGCCGAGCCUUCAAGCUCACAUUCGAGGCUGAUGGCAAGGCCAUUCCCUUCCAUGUGAUUGGUGCCGACACUGGUCUCUUGACCAAGCCCGUACAGACCAGCAACCUUGAGAUCUCUAUGGCCGAACGCUGGGAGGUUGUCUUUGACUUCAGCCAAUACGCUGGCAAGAACGUCACUCUCAAGAAUGGCCGUGAUGUCCAGCACGAUGAGGACUACGCAGCCACCGACAAGGUCAUGCAAUUCAUCGUUGGCAAGGACGUCUCGAGCCAAGCCGGUAACGGCAACCUUCCUUCCACUCUUCGCACUGUUCCCUUCCCACCAAAGAAGAGCGGAAUCGACAGGAGCUUCAAAUUCGGCAGGACCGGUGGCCAGUGGACUGUCAACGGCCUCACUUUCUCUGAUGUCAACAACCGCAUCCUGGCUAAGCCUCAGCGUGGUGCCAUCGAGGUUUGGGAGCUCGAGAACUCCAGUGGCGGCUGGUCGCACCCAGUUCAUAUCCACCUUGUCGAUUUCCAGAUUCUGUCUCGCUCCGGUGGCAAGCGCCCUGUCCUUGAUUACGAGAAGGAAGCACUCAAGGACGUCGUCCUUCUUGGCGAGAACGAGAAAGUCACAGUCAUUGCACGCUAUGCUCCUUACGACGGUGUCUACAUGUUCCACUGUCACAACCUCAUCCACGAGGACCACGACAUGAUGGCUGCCUUCAAUGUCUCUAGUCUUGGCGACUGGGGCUACCCCGAGACUACCACGUUCAUCGAUCCAAUGGAGGAGAAGUACCGCAGCAAGGCCAUCAGCUCGAACGAUGACCAGCAGUCUUUCAUCAUGGACAAGAUGUCCAAGUUCGAGGCUAUGGAGGCUUACAGCAACGUUGAGAAGCUCGAGAAGGCUCUUGAGGACUACCAGCUCAACGGUCCCCCCAAGACCACCCUUUCUACUAUCACUGUCAAGUCAUCAACCUCAUCAGCUGGCGGCUCAUCGACACCAGCGGGUUCGGUAACAACGAUGCCUCCGGCUUCGACAAUCACGUCAGCGGCGAGGGUGACGAGCACGAGCACCAAGAAGAAUGAUGACAGCAAGAAAGCGACGACCACAACCAAGAAGAACAAAUAA